UGUAUAUCUCCGCUUUCCUUCCAUCCUCGUCUCUGUCCUCUUCCUCUCAUCUUCCUCGUCCAUCACAGUAUCGUAGACAUUAGCUAUGAUGAUGUCUCUCCGAAACUGGCUGCUUGGCACCGCUGUCUUUGCAUCGCUCGCAUCAGCCACGCCGGCGCCGAACUAUGGUGGCAGCAAUUCCUCCGGCAGCCUUCCCGUCGUUAAUCUAGGUUACGAAAAGCAGAGGGCGACACUCUACAACUCUACCGGCGGCUACUACAACUUCAGUAACAUUCGCUAUGCUGCACCACCAGUAGGCGAUCUACGUUUCGCCGCUCCUCAAGCUCCUGCAAAGAAUCUUUCAGUCGUACAGACCGGCAGCCCCGGUCGUAUCUGCCCGCAAGCUGAUCCAGCCUGGUUGUUGAUUGCUGAACAAUUUCUCCCACUCUACUUAGGCCAGGGCCAGACUCAAUUCAACUCGUCUUCCUUCAACGUGUCCAGCUCCGGCGGCCUCCCUGCUGUGGAUCCCCGCACCACGGAAGACUGUCUGUUCCUGGACGUCGUCGUCCCCAAGGCCAUUUUCGACAAUGCUGGCAAAGGCAAAGGCGCGCCCGUGCUCGUCUGGAUCUACGGCGGCGGCUACACGGCUGGAGACAAGACCGACUCUGGCAGCUCCGCGGGAUUGAUCCUUCGGAGCCAGAGCAAUAACUCCACUGGCGUCAUCUACGUCGCGAUGAACUACCGCCUUGGAGCGUUUGGAUGGCUGUCAGGCCCGACGUUUCAGGAAAAUGGUACGGCGAAUGCAGGAUUGUACGACCAGCGUUUCGCCUUGGAAUGGGUGCAAAAACACAUUUCCAAGUUCGGAGGCGAUCCCUCGCGCGUGACAGUGUUUGGAGAGAGUGCCGGCGGCGGCUCCGUCAUGCAUCAGAUCACGGCGUAUGGCGGAGCGAAGCCGGUGCCGUUCCAGCAGGCCCUCACGCAGUCCCCCGGUUUCCAGCCUUUGGCGUCGAACAACCAAAACGAGCAAAUCUUCAACGAUUACUUGGCAAUUCUGAAUGUGUCAACGCUUCAGGAGGCGCGCUCGCUCCCCUUUGAGACUUUGAUGACGGCGAAUACCAUCCAGGUCGGGCAAUCGAAGUAUGGGUUUUUCGUAUACGGUCCGGCUGUCGAUGGAGACUUUGUUCCUGCUCUGGCCGGCGAGCUUCUCCUUCAUGGACAGUACGCCAAGAACCUCAGCAUCAUGGUCGGGCAUAACUUGGAUGAGGGAUUGCUCUUCACAUCGCCGUACAACAGCAACAAUUCCGCGGUCGAGGAAUCGCUGUUGACAGCGCUACCGACCCUGGUCGGUCUGCCCAAUGUGACAGACUACAUCCUCAACACCCUGUACCCACCAAUCUUCGACGGCAGCCAGGCACAGGGCUACACCAACCAAAUCGCCCGCGCAGCAGCCAUCAGCUCAGAACUAAUCUUCACAUGCAACACCUUCUACCUGGACAAGGCGUUCAACAACAACACGCACGCCUACUACUUCACCAUCUUUCCCGGCUUGCACGGCAUGGACAUCCCCUACACGUACUUCAACGGGCCAAGUCCGAGUGUCCUGAAUGACACGGUCGCCACGACGUUGCAGCAGUACAUUACGCGCUUUGCCGAGACUGGAAAUCCCAACUCCCCAAGAGCCCCGUACUUCCCGGUGUAUGGAAGCAACGCUACUGUGCAGGAUUUGAAUAUUAGCUCUAUCACGCAGGUGAGGGAUCCGGCGGCGAACUACCGUUGUGACUUCUGGCAAAAGGCGUUGUAUCAGUAGUCGUGUGUCGUGUGUCGUGUGGUCAUGGUUAUAUAUCAUCAUAAUCUUAAUGACGGAUGGUCACCCACGUGCAUCGCCAGGACGAUUCGGCUAGCUGGCCGCCUUCCCCACAAGGAAGCGAGGCAGAGCCGCGUUGCGCGGGGGCGAGAGCGACUGGUCUAAGCUCAAGCUAUGAUGUCAAGCUCCAUCACCCAUGCCUUUUGUUUCCCAUUGCCC